AUGUUCAACGGCCGCAUCUAUGAGCAAAGUUUUAGUCUGCCUAUAGGCUCACCACUCUCACCUCUGUUGUCCACUUUCUUCAUGGACGCGUUCGAGGAGAAUUUCAAAAUGUCACCCAGGCAACCAACAGUAAUUAUACGACAUAGGGAUGACGACUUCACAAACGAAAUGGAUGAAAAAGUCAUAUUUUCCAUGGGUGUAGAAGAGAACGGACACGUAUCGCGCUUGGAUGUGGAGGUCAUUCGCUCCGAGGAAACUCUUAAGAAAAAACUUUUCAAAAAGAACUCGAAUGUUGGAAUAACUCUUAACUUCCAGUCUAACCAUAAUUAUGGAAUGAAGAUUGGAAUUCUGCUGAGUAUGAUGAUAAGAAGCUUACGACCCACUGAUUCUGAGUUCUGA